AUGCUUCAUUUCAUUUGCUUUGAUGGCAGAGUGAAUGCAAGUGAGAGAUAUGUCCUGGUUUAUCAGAACAUGAACUGGACUGAAGCUCAGAGAUACUGCAGAGAACAUUACACAGACCUGACCAGCGUGAGGAAUGAGACUGAGAACCAGGAGAUUAAAUCAAUGUUUAAUAAUACGGAUUAUUCAAGUUUUUGGAUCGGCCUGUACAGAACCAGAUCUUGGUCAGAUAAAAGCAACUCUUCAUUCAGCAACUGGAAACCUGGACAACCAGAUAAUUACAGACAGAAUGAAUCCUGUACUGCUGUGUCAUUUAAUGAUUCUGGGAAAUGGACAGAUGAAAACUGUAGCCAUGCUUUUCCAUUCGUUUGUUAUAGCACAAUGCCAUCAUUACCCUCUCAUCAUUAUCACUUUGUGAAUGAGAAUAAGACCUGGACUGAAGCACAGAGAUACUGCAGAGAGAAUUACACUGACCUGGCUACUAUUGAUAACAUGGAGGAAAUGAACACACUCCUUAACACAGUAAAUGGCAGCUACUCAGGUUUAGCCUGGAUUGGACUGUAUGGUGAUGAGGACAGCUGGAGAUGGUCUCUGGAUGAUGAUGCUUUCUACCAGGAGGGCGAGAGAGACUUCAGAGGAUGGGAACAUCAACCUGAUAACUACUUUGGAAACGAGCUGUGUGUUUAUAUUACAUCUGAUGGAACCUGGUCUGAUGGAGACUGUAGAGGAUAUUUUCAUUUUAUUUGUUAUGAUGGAAAGAAUGGAACAGAAAAUUACAGAUGGAUAAACCAGCCAAUGCCUUGGACAAAAGCUCAGCAGUACUGCAGAGAGCAUUAUACUGAUUUGGCCAGUGUGAGAAAUCCAACAGAUAAUCAAAGAAUCUUAAACCUUACAGUUGGCACUGUGGCUUGGAUCGGUUUAUACAGGACAAGACUCUGGUCAGACAAACAGGUAUCCACAUAUGAAAAUUGGAGACCAGCCACCUAUAAACGGCCAGACAAUGGUAUUAAUAAUCCCUGGGAAUACAGAAAUCAGCACUGCACUGCUGUCUCAUUCAGAGACUCAGGUCAUUGGACAGAUGAGGACUGCUUAUCCACCUUCCCCUUUAUCUGCUAUAACAAAUUCUGCACAGGAUCGUCAUGCACCUUCCAUCAGUAUCACUUUGUUAAUGAGAAAAAGACCUGGACUGAAGCACAGAGAUACUGCAGAGAUAAUUACACUGACCUGGCAACCAUUAAUAACAUGGAGGAAAUGAACACACUCCUUAACACAGUAAAUGGAAUCUACUUAGGUUUAGCAUGGAUUGGACUGUAUGAUGAUCUGAACAGCUGGAAAUGGUCCCUGGAUGAUUCUUUCUACAGUUACGGAAAAAUAAACUUUAGUAAUUGGUAUAUAAACAAACCAAGCUACUGGAAUGGAAACAAUUUAUGUGUAUAUUUUGGUUAUUCUGCUCUUUGGUGGGUGUAUUCAUGUUCUACAACACUUCCAUUCAUUUGUUUUGAUGGCAGAGUGAAUUCCAGUAAGAGGUAUGUUCCAGUUUAUCAGCACUUGAACUGGACUGAAGCUCAGAGAUACUGCAGAGAACAUUACACAGACCUGACCAGCGUGAGGAGCGAGACUGAGAACCAGAAGAUCAGAUUAUUAUUAGCUAAUGAUAAGGAUGACAAUCAUUAUACCUUCAGUUAUAACUAUAGUAAUUAUUACGCUUUUUGGAUCGGCCUGUACAGAACCAGUUUAUGGUCGGAUCAAAGCAACUCUUCUUUUAGCAACUGGAAACCCGGACAACCAGAUAAUCAUGUACAAACUGGAUCCUGUACUGCUGUGUCAUUUAAUGAUGAUUAUUAUUAUGGGAAAUGGUCAGAUGAAAACUGUGGUCAAGCUUUUCCAUUCCUAUGUUACAGCACAAUGCCCUCAAAUUCCUCUCAUCAGUAUCACUUUGUUAAUGAGAAUAAGACCUGGACUGAAGCACAGAUAUACUGCAGAGAGAAUUACACUGACCUGGCUACUAUUGAUAACAUGGAGGAAAUGAACACACUCCUUAACACAGUAAAUGGCAGCUACUCAGGUUUAGCCUGGAUUGGAAUGUAUGAUGACAGCUGGAGAUGGUCUCUGGAAGAUGAUGUUUUCUACCAGGAGGGAGAGAGAGACUUCAGAGGAUGGGAACAUCAACCUGAUAAUGAUGGAAAUGAGAUGUGUGUUUCAAUGGGUUAUGGAGGGUGGUGGUUUGACAGACCUUGUACUGACAGAAGUUCAUUUGUUUGCUAUAAUGGUAUGAACAACACAUAUGUAAUGAUUUAUGUUCAAAAGACUUGGGAAGAAGCUCAGAGCUUUUGCAGAGUGAAUUACACAGACCUGGCAAGUGUGAGAAAUCAGACCGAACUUCAGCAAAUAAUGAGCAUCGUGAACAGUUCUGAUGUAUGGAUAGGUUUGUAUAGAAACCGAUUAUGGUCAGAUCAGAGCAACUCAACCUUUACAUUUUGGACAUCGGAGAGUCCAGAACCAACACCAGAACCUGAUAAUGGUUUGUAUUCACCUGGACAAAGUAGAAAUCAACACUGUACAGCUGUGGAUCAUCUUGGUCGAUGGACAGAUGAAAACUGUUUCGCCAGAUUCCCUUUUAUCUGCUACAAUGCAUUCACUCCAGGUGCUUUGAUGGGACCGCAUAUGAAAAUCACUGCUAAUGAAAAUCUGUUAAAGUCUCAGAUUAAAAGACUGAUGGAAGAGGUGAUGGAACUUCAGCAAGAAUUGAGCAAACUGGCAGACUUUCAAGCAAAUAAACUGUGAAUGAGAGAAACAUCCGUAAGCUCGAUCCAUGAAGGAAAAAUACUACAAUCGGGUUCUAAAUAUAACUGAGUG